CAACCCCCCGAACGGGGACCGCCCCCCUUUCGAUCGAUACACGGGGACGUCACUGGCGACCGCAGCGCCGCCGCCGCUACUGGGCGACGCCAUUUUUGCCGGCGUGCAGACGAAACCACCGGCGAAAUCGCAGACGUCGUGUCUUCUGCUGGUCCACUGCUGCCGCGCGGUCGGCCACGCUGCUUCGCGAGUGCGUGACCUCGUGCAUUUUCUUCCGUGUUUUUUUUUUGUUUUUUUAAUGCUUUUAUUGCCGGCACGUUGCCCCUGUAUCUUCUUGUGCGCUCGGUGAUGACGGGUUUGCGAUGAGAAGCCGCCGGGCAACCUCCUUCGUGGACUGCUACGCGGCCCGUCGGUUGAGGUGCCCCGCGGCCACCGUCCGCUGCUGUCCGUGCACCACGCUUUCCUCCCACCGUGUGAUGCGUCCGCAGCGAUGUCUCAAGCCAUGAAGGAGUACAGGCUGAAGAAGAUAGAGACGCUGGGCAAAAUGACGGCCAUGUCACAGGAAGACAUCGUCAGCAACACCAAGACGGUGAUCCAGGGCUUGGAGGCAUUGCGCAAUGAACACAACACCAUUCUGUCAGGGCUGCGCAGCUCGGUGCAGGCGGUGCAGCAGUCCCAGCAGCAGCAGGACAACAAGGCCAGCCUGGUGGCCGAGGAGAAGGCCCAGCUCGUCCAGAAGUCCCUCGAGGCACUCGAACUGGGCCUGGGCGAGGCGCAGGUCAUGGUGGCACUCGCAUCGCACCUCCAGGCGGUGGAAGCGGAGAAGCAGAAGCUUCGCGCCCAGGUGCGCCGCCUGUGCCAAGAGAAUGCGUGGCUACGUGACGAGCUGGCCAACACGCAGCAGAAACUGCAGGCCUCGGAGCAGGCGGUUGCCCAGCUCGAGGAAGACAACAAGCAGCUGCAGUUUGUCAACUCGCUCAAAAAGUACGACGACCUGUCGGCGUCCACCACGUCCGUGGCCUCUUCCUCGGCUGCCCAGGGUGACGAGUCGCAGAAGUCUCAGAGUGAGAAACGCGAGGGUGACCCUCCCCUAGACCUGGGCUUCCCCGACGACGAGGAAAACAAUCAGGACGCCCUGUCCCCACCCGGAGGGGGUGUCGGCAUGGGCCCCAUGGGGACCUCCGGAGGCGGGGGCUCGGCAGGUUACGAGAUCCCGGCUCGGCUGAGGACGCUGCACAACCUGGUGAUCCAGUAUGCGUCGCAGGGGCGCUAUGAAGUAGCCGUGCCCCUGUGCAAGCAAGCCCUCGAGGACCUGGAGAAGACCAGCGGCCAUGACCACCCGGACGUGGCCACCAUGCUCAACAUCCUGGCACUUGUCUACAGGGACCAGAACAAGUACAAGGAGGCGGCUGCGCUGCUGAAUGAUGCGCUGGCCAUCCGGGAGAAGACGCUGGGCGAGAGCCAUCCUGCCGUGGCGGCCACGCUCAACAACCUGGCCGUGCUGUACGGCAAGCGAGGAAAAUACCGCGAUGCUGAGCCCCUGUGCAAGCGCGCCCUCGACAUCCGCGAGCGGGUUUUGGGCCGAGACCAUCCCGACGUUGCCAAGCAACUCAACAACCUGGCCCUACUCUGCCAGAACCAGGGAAAGUACGAGGAGGUUGAGCGCUACUACCAACGGGCAUUGGACAUCUACGAGCGGACGCUGGGCCCCGACGACCCGAACGUGGCCAAGACCAAGAACAACCUGGCGUCGGCGUACCUCAAGCAGGGCAAGUACAAGGAGGCCGAGCUCCUGUACAAGCAGGUGCUGACGCGAGCGCACGAGCGGGAGUUUGGCUGCGUGUCUGGUGACAACAAGCCCAUCUGGCAGCUGGCCGAAGAACGGGAAGAGAACAAGAGCCAACGUCGAGACAAUGCACCCUACGGCGAGUACGGCGGAUGGCACAAGGCGGCCAAGGUCGACAGCCCAACGGUGGCCACCACGCUGAAGAACCUGGGUGCCCUCUAUCGACGACAGGGGAAGUACGAGGCAGCCGAGACGCUGGAGGACUGUGCCCUUAGGGCGCGCAAGGAGGCCCUGGAACAGCGGCAUGGUCGGUCAAUGCCCUACCUGGACUUCUCAACGCACAAGGACAAGAGGCAGAGUGGCAGCGCCAAGUCGGGGUCGCGGAGGGGUUCGCGCGAGUCCCUCGAUAGCGUCAACUAUGACGGCCAGCCGCAGGACGAGUCGGUGCAGCAGCCACCUGCCAACGCUUCGACUCCACUCUCGCCCUCCACGACGACCUCUAGUGGUCAGCGCAGUGACCAGCCACCUCAAGGGAUCAAAACAAAGCUUUUCAGCGCCCUCGGAUUUCAUUCCCUCUCACCGUCUUCGUCUUCGUCGUAAUGUGCGGCGGUGUCGUGCCAGGCCCGCUCGUGUUUUUCUAUUUGCUCCUCCUCCGAGGAGAAGCAGCCCGUUUUCUUAGAGACAGACUUGACGUGAUGUGUGUCGGCCUCGAGGCGUGUGGACUGCCUUUCCGUCUCUUCUCCUGCACCCUGUUGUCUUGGUCAAAGGGCUCUUUCGACCUGCACUCCGAGGGGAUGCGCGAUCCGUUCAUUCCGUGAAGUUGAUUGGUACUUCUUUGCACCGAUCCUUUUUUUUUUCUUUUCUUCUGCAGUUGUCGGAGAGUCUUGGUGGCAUUGUGUGAUUGCAGACCAACUCUAGGAAGGCACUUGGUGUCCUGCUCCCUGCAUGAGAAAAUGUGUCCUCCUAGAGAGAGAGAGAGAAAAAAAAAAGGCUUCACUUGUCUUCUGUGAGGAAAGAUCACGUGCCUUGGAGGCGCACGCAUAUUACUCCGUGUCCUUGCAAGCUGUAGUGCCUGUGUGUGCCAUUGCUAAGUGCUGAAUGUACAGCACGGCCCACUGUUACUGGGAACAUGCAGUCAGCAUUCGGCCAUUGAUUGUUGCCGAAAUGUAGCACAGAGGCCCACAGACUGAUUAUUUAUGUAUAAAGGUAUGUUCAAUAGAUCGUGUCAGCCACUUCUUUUUCGAUGAAGGCAAACAAAUGUUCUAUAUGUUGGCUUUAUUACUGAUUAGGUAUUUCCCUUAGCAGUGGACUGCACUGUACGCAUUUGCAUGCUUCAACUUCAAGAUCCUCCAUCUAGGUUUUGCCUUUUCCACUGUCUCUCUUUCAACUGUCGCGGUAGUUCUAGCCUCACGUUUCAAAUGAAGACUUGGCUGGAAGGUGGGUUUUAAUGUUGAGAGAGGUGCAAGUGAGGUUUAUUUGUGAGGCCUAUUUUUAAGCUUUUUGCUUCGUAUUCUUGUUCAUAAAUACUACGCUCUUUUUGACAUUGUGCCCAGAGACCUCCAGAUUCAAUGCUCUCGAAAUGUGUAUGUGGAAAAAAAUGCUGCUGUGCUUAAAGCAAGCACUGCAUUGAGACUUUCCCCUGUAUUUUCCUGUCGACGAGAUUUUUUAUACACAAGUUCCGCAGCUUAGCUCAUUACAAUGCGCUUGCAGCGGUAGGAACAGUCAGCUCCCUGGUGUCAGGUGCUUUGCAUGGAACUCAUAUUUAUUUGUGCAAGUGUGCUGGAUUGCCUUCCAAUCUUUUGUAGCGCUCUUAUUUACAUGCCAAGUGCACAUGUAAACCAAAUGCACCAGAAACUUUCUACUGAAUAUGAGGUUUUGGUUUCAUUCAAAAUUAAGAGAGGCUAAAGAUAAAGAGAUAAAGAGAUUGACCACAAAAGCUAAUUUAAUUAUGCCAAAAGGCAAUUUUAAAAAGAGCCACACCAAUUACUGUGUCACAAUAUUAUUUUUAUACCUUGAGCUUUUAGCACAUCGAGAGGUCCAAGAAACUUCAAUAUAAAAAUAAUGACUAUAGCUUUAGAAGGAAUGAAGGCCUAAUGAUUGCAAAGUACAGAGUUCGUCAUAGUGAAUUUCAUACAUGUGUUUCACAAAAUUGAGCUGCCUUAUCACUGUGAACUGUUGACACUUCAAAAAAGAGACAAAAGGUCCAAAAGGGAUUUUUAAAAACAAGCUCUUCAUUCACACAGGGGCAAGCAAAAAAUAAAGAAGUAAUAAUUAUCAAUAGGCACCGUUGCAUAGGAGGCUAGAUAGGUAAAUAAAUAGACUUAGAAUGCCCGAAGUUAGCGAAGAAUGCUUCACAUGAAUAACCUACUGAAGGGGCAGUCUCGUACUACAAUCAUUCAACCGCCAUGGGAAAGAUGAAAAAGUUGUGUGCCUCGGCUCGCUUUUCUCGGAACACGUUCUUCUCUGGUUCUGUUUGGCUGUCUAAUCAUGUCUCAACCGUCGUAUACCAUAGUUGACGCCAACAGCUUAUUUAUGUCAAAAAAGGUUCGUUAUCCGAUAUUAGUUGCUGUCACUUGGUGCAUGUGCUUUCAUGAUUUCUCAGUCCAUUAAGAAAACAAAUUAACAGCAAAAGUCACCGAAAAGUUCUUAUUUUAUUCUUUUAAAUAUUCUCCUUGAUGCCAUGAGGGUAGCAUACAAUCUAAGCCAGUUGCGCACCCCCAAGUUCACGUACUGAAUGAUGCUUGGGGUUGAAGAGGUGUCCCACACCCGGUCAUGAGGGGCACUAGGUAACACCCACAAAGCCAAUCUUGUACGCACGCAAAUGCCCAAGGAAGUUUGUGGGAAGACGGGAAUCCACGUAAGCUAAAUUGUAGAGCAUUGAUGGCAUCAUGCAAGAGAUGUGGUUUUCGCUGCCGCCUGGGGCAGGUUUUCUUUUCCUCCGCUUCCAUUUCCAUUUUUCUUGAGGUUUCUGCUUGAAAGUGUAAACAGACUCAACGUCUGCCCCUUCAGUGUCCCUCUGAUAGCCAGGCAUCGCUAAUCAUUCCCAUGGUGGUUGAAGGACUGUACAUUUGGCAGUGCCUAUAGACACAAGGGCCGCAUUUUGCUCUACCAUGCACUUUGUAUGAAAAAUCUGCGCGAUGGGGUCGUUUUUGGACACUUGCCACCAAUGGUGGAGACGAAGGGGGAGAAAAAUUUUAUUUUAGAAACGGCAAUGAACUGUGAUACGAGUGAUUCUUGCUUUUCGCUGUCAAAACGCAGCCUUCACAUGAAGCUUUGUUAACCAGCAUCGACACCUGUACACGGCAGCUUCAAUAUGCUUGCAAACUGCUCUUGGCUAUUUCGUUCUGCUGCACUUGGCUGAAGUGCACGUGAUAGCCACACGUGAUACUGGUGUUUGCAAGUUGUCCCCACGCAGUUUUAUCUUUCUCAAUGUGCCAUUAUGAGACGUGGCGAUUGAAACAUUCGUAGGGCUUGGUAAAUAUGCUACUCUUUGCUCAUUGAGAUGUCUCAGAAUAUGUUCAUUCAGUGGCUGCUGUUUCCAACUGCUUAUGCUUUUCCUUUUACCUUUCCUCACCCUAACUGUGGUUGUACAUUGUGGCUGGAUGCGUUUUCAAAGUUCUUGCUUUUCUAUUUAUUUACAUUGUGCUACAGAUGGUGUACUGGUAUACAUUAAUUUUGAUUUAUCUAGAAGCUUGACAAAUAAUAGGAUGCGGUGACGAAGGCUUUUUACUUCUGAGCCUUGAUUGAAGCAGUACUCUACCCUCUUUUAACCCUUUAAGGAGGCCGUUAUAUCUUCACCUAAGUGUGAUCAUCACUUUUCGGCUUAUGACUAGCUCUCCUCACAAUGGAGACGGCAGUAUACAUUCUAUCAACAUCGCUUUUAUUGAAAAAAAUUUCUCACCAUAUUCGUAGGCAUAUUUCUGUGUUCUAACCACGCUAUUAAGGCAUAUUGCAUUAGAAAAAUGAGUCGUUAUGGUAGUUUUCUUCGGGAAAGAGUGGGUGCCCAAGGGGUUAAGAGAGUAUGGUGCCUGUCGUGAUUGUGUAUUGUGGAUGCCCAUGGUGCAGUUGAGACUGUUGUCACAAAGCCAGGCAUGUGAGAUUAGUUUAUUCCACUCCAGGAGCUUUUUGCCCUCAUUAGGCCUGGCUUAAGCACUUGGCGCUGAUUUUCUUUUUAUUGAGGGUCUUGUUCUUGUUGUUUUAUUGCGAGCCUUUCUUUUAUACAUGGGCCUAUUUGUGGAGCCAGUUUGAAUCAUCUUAUGGGUGCUUUUAUGCAUUUGUUAUUGAUGAUCGAAUAAAAGUAGCACCCCCCUCUUU